AUGGUUGGCUUGGUGUCUGCUGCCGGUCUUGUCGGAUUCUUGUCAGAACCUGACCCAGAGCUCAGAAGCUUUGCUCUGAAGCAGCUUGACAGUCAGGUUGAUCUAUUAUGGACCGAGCUUGCCGAUGCCCUGGGCCAGAUCGAAGCGCUUCACGAAGAUGAUUCCUUUCCGGAGCGCGAGCUCGCCGCCAUCGUCGCAUCCAAAGUGUAUUACCACCUGCAAGAAUAUAAUGAGUCCAUGGCCUUUGCCCUCGGUGCCGGAAAGUACUUCAGAUUGGACGACCCUGGCGAAUUUGAAGAUACCAUAAUCUCCAAAUGUGUAGAUACCUUCAUUGCUCUGUCCGCCAGUCGAGAUCCCACCCUGGCCGCCGCCAAUGCUGCCAGCCAACCUCAACUUGACACAGCUUUCAGUCAAGCGGGAGACGGCGCCGCCAGCAUGUCUGCCAGCUUAACAUCCCCCCUCACGCCAUUCUCCCAAUCUGUCCUUCCGUCCAAGUCCCUUCUGUCCAGGCAGAACACUAUAACUUUCGAUCCUACCCAAGCCGGUGUUGAGCUCGGCGACGUCGGUUCACCCGAGCGGAUCAUUCAAGAGCGCGGUCUCCAGAAACCCCUUACUCGCGUCAUAGAGUCUCUGUUCGAGAGAUGCUUCAGAGAAAAGCGAUAUCGUCAGGUCGUGGGAAUUGCUUUGGAGGGCCGCAACCUGGACAUCUUGCGCCGCGUGAUCAAACGAGCGGCUGAGGAUGAGCGAAAAGAAAACGGCGAAGCCACGAAGAAGGGCGAAGAGUUGAUGGAAUACGUGCUGGAUAUUUGUAUGAGCGUGGUACAAGAGCGAGCCCUGCGAAACGAGAUCCUCAAGCUCAUUUUGGAGUUGCUCAACGAAAUCCCCUCACCCGACUACUUCGCCAUUGCAAAAUGUGUGGUUUAUCUCGACCAGCAUUCUAUGGCUUCUAACAUCCUGAGACAAUUGAUCGAAAAGGGCGAUGCCCGCUCCCUGGCUGUGGCGUACCAGAUCUCCUUUGAUCUCUACGACAACAGCACGCAAGAAUUCCUCCGAAAGGUCCGAGAAGAACUUGCCGAAAUGCUGCCGCAGGAAGAGCCAAAGCCCCAAGAUGGUGACAAGAUGGAAACCGAUACGCAGGCAAAGCCGGAAGAGCAGCUGCAACAAGAACUGCAGGAUUCUGCAGGUGCACCAGCGCCUUCUGGAGAGUCGAAGCUGUCCAAGCCCGAGCAGCGGGAAGCAGUCCAGAAGAUCAGGGAUAUCUUGGAUGGUCUCACGUCAAUACAUCUGAAUAUCGAGUUUCUGCACAAGUCGAACCGAGUCGAUCUGUCGAUAUUGAACAAGGUCAAAGAUAGCCUCGAAGCCCGCUAUUCGAUAUAUCAUACCGCCGUCACUCUCUGCGCGGGAUUGAUGCACGCCAAAACGGCAACCGACACCUUUUUCCGCAACAACUUGGAGUGGCUGGGCAAGGCCACCAACUGGUCAAAGUUUACCGCCACCGCAGUCUUCGGUGUUAUUCACCAAGGCAAUAUCAACCAAGCCCGUCGUCUGCUGAGCCCAUACCUGCCAAAGCCUGCUGGAGUUGCCACUUCUCAUGAUUCCCCAUACAGCCAAGGCGGUUCGCUGUACGCUUAUGGACUAUUAUGUGCCAAUCACAAAGGAAAAGCCGUGAAUUUCAUUCGAGAGAAGUUCAAGGAGGCCACCGAUGAGGUCGUGCAACAUGGUGGUGCCCUUGGCCUCGGUGUUGCAGGGAUGGCUUCGGGUGACGAGACCAUCUUUGAAGAUUUGAGAAAUGUACUUUGGGCCGAUUCUGCCAUCAAUGGCGAGGCUGUGGGUUUGGCAAUGGGUCUCGUCAUGCUUGGCUCGAGCAAUACCAAAGUCUUGUCAGACAUGAUCCAGCAUGCUCACGACACUCAACACGAGAAGAUUGUACGGGGUCUCGCUGUCGGUAUGGCAUUGAUCAUGUACGGCCGACAAGAAGGCGCGGAUGAGCUCAUUCAAGGUCUUCUCAAUGACGCCGAUCCUACCAUGAGGUAUGGUGGUAUCUUGACGAUUGCCAUGGCUUACGUCGGCACGGGCAGCAACAAGGCUGUUCGAAAACUGCUCCACGUGGCCGUCAGUGAUGUGAGUGACGAUGUUCGACGGAUUGCCGUCCUCAGCUUGGGGUUCAUUCUAUUCCGAAAGCAUACCAGCGUUCCUCGAAUGGUGGAGCUCCUCGCUGAGUCCUACAAUCCCCACGUCCGAUACGGUGCCGCCAUGGCACUGGGUAUCUCCUGUGCAGGCACGGGCCUUGCUGAAGCUAUUGACUUGCUUGAACCGAUGCUGAAGGAUCCCACAGACUUCGUGCGUCAAGGAGCCCUCAUCGCUCUCGCCAUGGUCUUGAUACAGCAGAACGACGCGCUGAACCCCAAGGUUGGCAGCAUUCGCAAAGCAAUGUUCAAGAUCAUUGGCGACCGGCAUGAGGACGCAAUGUGCAAGUUUGGCUGUGCUAUCGCCAUGGGCAUUCUAGAUGCGGGCGGGCGAAACUGCACCAUCAGCCUGCAGACCCAAACGGGCAAUCUGAACAUGAUGGGAAUUGUUGGUGCCGUGGUCUUCACUCAGUACUGGUACUGGUUCCCAUUGGCACAUUUCUUCUCGCUGUCAUUGACGCCUACUGCGGUCAUUGGUGUGGAUCAAAAGCUUGAAGCUCCAGUCUUCAAAUUCCACUGUAACACCAGACCUAGCUUCUUCGACUACCCUCCUGAACAACAAGCCAAGACUGACGAAGCACCUGAGAAAGUCAAGACGGCCGUGCUGAGUACCACAGCACAAGCCAAAAGACGAGCGGCCAGGAAGGAAAAACAACAACGAAGAGAUAGCAUGGAUGUCGAUACGGUAACACCUGUGACGCCAAAGAUCGAGAAAGGGGAUAAGAUGGAUACUGAUGAGGUCGUGAAGGAUGAGGCUGAAGGCAAAGAAAAGGACAAAUCCAAGGAAGACGCGGAGAAAAAAGAGCCCGAAACUCAUGGUGAGGGAAAGAAGAAGGCAGAGAAGGAGAAGAUUGGUUAUGAUAUCAGCAACAUGUCCCGGGUGUUGCCCGCACAGUUGAAAUACCUGACUUUCCCAGAUCAGCGAUAUCAGCCUGUCAAGCGGCCGACAGGGGGUGUGAUGGUUGUGCUGGAUACCGAGCCGGAGAAGGAAAGGGAAAUUAUCCCAUUAUUGGUCAGCAAAGUCGAAACUCCCGCAGCCGCACAGGCCGGAGGGCAAACUCUAGGCGAAGGGGCUCAGCAUCCUCAGACACCAAUUGGCCAGAGGACAGGACAGGAGGUAGCUGCGGGUGUGGGCGCUGGUGCGGCGGCGGCGGCAGGUGUAUUGACGGCAAUCGACGAGGAUGAAGAAGGUGUGGAAGAUGCACCUCUGCCGAAGGAGUUUGAUUAUGAGACCGAGGGGGAGCAAGAAGAGGGAGAACAGUAG